AUGAAUGAAGCACGGGCUGUUUAUCGCCAUAAUCAGGAUGGUGCUGUGAGAAAACAACAUAACUCUUGGAAAAUCACCUCGCGCCCAAAUCACAAGAAGUCUAGGUAUGUCCCCUACGAGAAGACAGGCCCAACGCAGAGGUGGAGGGCAAGGAACAGCUCUGCUGCUGAUCAUGAGCCUAAGUCACGGGAUGAAUCUUCAGCUCAAGGUUUGACCUCCGGUGUCAACGAUGGAUCGUCGGCUGCUCAAGAAGAAGUGGAUACGAGAAAUGAUAAUCAUUGGAGCAGUGGGAAGAGACUUUCGAGUCAAAUUGUUAGUCCUGGUCAGUUUCUUCAUGAUGACCACGUAACUAAACGUAUCACGCCGCGGUUACUUACUUACUCUCCUACGGAGAAGUUGGUACCGGUGGAUGCUCAGAUCAUAGGAGCUUUACAUGAUUCUGAGGCUAUGGAAACAGGCGAGGAAGGCGGAGAGGUGGCGGUUGAGGAUGAUGAGGGUGGUGAUUUGCUAGGUGAAGAACUACUGGAGAUGGAGGCAAGCCAUAUACAGAGCGCGAGAGAAGAUAGAGGACGGGAAGAUAUGACAACACGCGAGAAGCCUAAGCAAUCAUCAUCGCAUAGAGGAGGAGGAAGAACUCGGAUUCCCAUGGGGUAA